AUGUCGUCCACUCCUGCUUGCUCGCCCUUCACCCGGGCUGUAGUCAGCUCCAUGAGAAAACUGUACCCUGAGGCAUUGGCCGAUAAGAGCUUUGACAACACUGGACUGCUCCUCGAAGCUCCAUUUGAGCCGUCGCGACGCCAGAAGAAUUCCGUGUUGCUGGCCAUUGAUUUGACAACAGCGGUUGCAGAUGAGGCCAUUCGGCGUCAAGACUCGGCUAUUGUUGCGUACCACCCAAUCAUUUUCCGCGGUCUAAAGUCCCUUACUCUCGAAGACACUCAGCAAAGGUCUCUAUUGCGACUUGCCCAGCAUGGCAUCAGCGUCUACUCUCCGCACACCGCCGUCGACACCGUUCCCGGUGGUAUGGCCGACUGGCUCUGUGACGUCGUAACCGGCACAUUCAAAUCCGACUCCAAGCUGCAGUCUCCAGCCAAGGACUGUGCAUCUACCUUGUACUCGGCACCCACUUACCCCCAGCCUGAAUCCGUCCCGAAUGCCGCAUCAGCCAGUCCCUCCCAGCAAAUACCCCACACCCGAUCCACAAUUCACCCCUCACCUCCGGCUUCCAUCCCCGAGGGCUUCGAGUCCGCUGGUGCGGGCCGUUUGGUGACAUUCAAUGAAGCCCAGCCUCUCACGACCUUGAUUGACCACAUUGGCCGUGGUGUCGGUCUUCCGGGUGGAAUUCCUAUUGCGACUCCCCAAGGCAAGUCGAUUGACGAAAUUCGUAUUCGCACUGUUGGUAUGUGCCCUGGGUCUGGCUCCGGAGUUCUUCUUCGCGGAAACGAAAUCCCCGAUCUUCUUUUCACUGGAGAAAUGAGCCAUCACGAGGCCCUUGCGGCUACAGAGAAGGGUUCGGUCGUUAUCUCCUUGGCUCACUCCAACUCCGAACGCGGAUAUCUGUGUGCUGUCAUGCGCAACCAGCUUCUUCGUGAGGUGUCACAGACUUGGCAGAGUGACCGAAAGGAAGCUCUCCAGGCUGCUCAGGAUAGUUCCAAGCAGGGUGGAGCUGCCCCCGGCUCUCAGGAUGUAUACCAAGAUGCCAGUGUGGAGGUUUCUGUUAGCGAAGCUGAUCGUGACCCCUACGGAAUCAUGAUCUGGCGUGCUUAG